UCAGUUACCACUCUUUACCGCAACAUACUCCUUUUAUAAACAUUAUUAAUAUAUUAUGUUGAAAACAAACAUAUCACUUAAGGUAUAAAGCAUUUAUUUUGCAGGAAUUGUGUUUAAAAUUCAGAAAUGACGUCAUUAAAUAAACUCGUUUCUUUGAUUAUUAUUUCGGGUUUCAUCUGUGAAGCUUGGUGUAUCCGUUGUUACUAUUGCAAUAGUGAAAAUAACACUGCCUGUUUGGAUGUGAACUCUUACAGCGAGGACAUAAGGUCGCGUAUUGUACCUAUCGUCGAAUGCGAAUCCGCUAUCCCAAAUCCUGGAGGAUACAGUUUCUUCUGCAGAAAGAUCUCUCAGACUAUUUUCCAUUCCCAUCGAGAGUCUGAUGUUCGUGUGACGAGAGGAUGCGGUUGGAUGCGGCAUGCCCAGCCCUGUUAUAGAGAUGAUAAUACCGACCACCUCGGCAUUUCUUGUCAAUGCUUCGAUGAUUAUUGUAACUCUUCUGACAGACUUGACCCCUCCACAAUGGCGAUUUUGUUUUGUUUCUUUGCUGGUGUAUUGUAUUUUUGGCGUUGAAUUCAUUUAUAAUUAUUAGUUUCAUUGUAGUUAUAUUAACUUGCUUUAUACGAUUUUGAACAUGACUAAAUCUAUCAUGAAUGCUGUCAUUUAAGAAUCUCUGUGCCGAAUUUACUAUAGAUUUGUAUACCUUUAAACCUGAUCAAAAACUUGACAAUUAAGUAUUGAUAUAUACCUAUUGCUCGUGACUUUGUCCGCGAAAUAUAGCCUAAGUUACACACUGAUAACGUAGCUUUUUAAUGGCGUAAGAAUUUUUGAAAUCGGCCCAGUAGUUUUAGAGUUAUUUCAAUAUAUACAAAAAUACAAAUAUUUGUUCCUUAAAACAUUAGUAUCGAUAUUGAAUAACAAAUCCCUAACAUAACCUAAUCAACAGCUACUUAUUUAACUAUAGUAAUGGUUUCAUAAAAAAAAAAAAACGUAAGCUUAUUUUUAACUCAAUGCUUUAAAAUACUAAAAGAAUGAAACCCAUCCUAGAAAACACGAUUCAUUUUAGACAAAUAUUAAAUAUGCUUCAAAUAUUCAUAGAAUGAAUUGAAAAUUGUUGAACUCGUAUUGUCGCAAAUGGAAUAUAUUUAAUCCGGACAAGACAAAAACAACACGAGGAUCGUGCAGAGGGUCGCUCAGUCCCCCGUACACGGUUUAAUAUUUACCCACUGCUUAUUUAAUCAAAACCGUGUAUGGCCACAAUUAAAGCGGCUAUUAUUUUUAUCUUAUUUAAAAUCUUUUUAACAUUACCGAAACUCUGAUAUUUAUUUUUUUAUCUUUGGUCGCAGUAAUAUGAAUUGUAAAUCUUGUAUUAUUCCUGUUAAAUUCUUUAAUAUUUUUCGUUUCAAAAUAAAAUAUGU